CUACUACAGUAUGUAGUAAGUUAGUGUGCGCUUUUGCCCUGUCCUUCUUCCGCACUACAAUUCCCGCAAGUCUUUGCCGCACCACAAGAAUGGACGACGAGUCAUGUGGAUGAAAACACCACCGUGCAUCCGCCGAAGUGAAAAGAUUGGAGAAAGAUGCGCGAGGAGGAGGAUGACACCGCCGACGCGACUCCGGCGAGGAGUUCGCGCUUUUUCCCGACCAAGUCUGUAGACGUGGCCGAGUGCGAUGCCGCGAAGGAUCACGCGCCCAAACUGUGCGGCUACCUGAACAAACUGGUAAGCAAGGGGCCUCUGAAGGGAUUCAAAACGCGCUGGUUCGUCUACGACCCGAGGAAGUGUUACUUGUAUUACUUUAAGACCCCUCAGGACGCUCUUCCUCUUGGCUACAUUGAAAUCGCCGACGCUUCUUUUACCUACGAAGUGGAAGGAGAAGAAGGGCAGUUUGAGAUCCGCACCGCUGGAAAAGAGUUCCUCCUCAAGGCACCCAGCAGGCAGGUGAUGCAAUACUGGCUUCAGCAGCUUCAGCAAAAACGAUGGGAGUUCAGUAACAUGCGAGGAUGUGGCAACCGAGACAGCAUGUGCUCCUCCACCAUGCCCUUUCCUCACAAAGGCCUAGUGGCCAAAGAUGCUGAUACACUGUCCCCUGAGCUACCCAAUGAAACUAUGGAGAGUGCACGCAAUGAUUUCACAGAGGAGGCUGAUGCUAACUGCUUGGUUGGCCUCCAAAUGGCAAGGAACCCAACAACACAUAAUUUUUCUUUUCGACAGUGGGGCACUGAACUGAGGCACAGUAUGUCUCACUUGCGGCCCAACCGAGGAGGAGAGAACAGACACAGUGUGUUUUAUACACCCACCAAUGAGGAGUGGGAGAUGGUGGAUCCCCCGACUAAGGACACUCCAGAACCUAAACCUCCAGCUGAGAGUCAGCGCCGUGAAAGCCCUUCACACCUACACAGACACUCCAUCGGCUCAGCGUUCCCGUUUGAAUUCCGGAAGCGUCCGUUUCAGAAGAACUUGGUUAAAUCGGGCCACAAUGCAGAGACGUCACCGGUGGAGUUUAAUGGCAGUAAAGUAGAGGAGCUGCAACUGCGUCUGCACAGCCAAGAGGAGGAGUUGAGGCGCAUGCAGGAAGAGCAGAACCACCUACAAGAUGAGCUCAGUAGUCAGAAGGAACUAGUGCGUCUCCUCCAGCAGACUCUGAGGACUGCUCAAUGUGAGCGCUGGUCAGGAGAGAUGGACAUGGCUGGGGCAUUAUCUGAGCGAGAUGGCCAGAUCCAGGCUCUGUGUGGUCACAUGGAGAGACUGGCACUGGAGAAAGAGAGCUUGCAGCAGGAGCUGAAGGGGCUAAAGAUCAAAGUGGGAGAGAUUAAUGAUCAGUUAGGCAUGCUGAUGGAAACCAUCCAGGCCAAAGAUGAGGUCAUCAUGAAGCUGUCACAGCAGAGCCAGGAAGGGAGUACCGAGGCCGUUGAGUGCACCUCUCCUUCAGCACGGGACCUGCAAGAGCUCCAGCAACUGAAGGACAGCCUUCAAGGCUACAAAUCCCAGAAUAAUUUCCUGAACAAAGAAAUCCUUGAAUUGACAGUGUUACGAAGGAAUGCUGAAACUAGGGAGAAGGUCCUGGAGGCGAAGUACAGUGCUCUGGAAGCCAAGCUGUGCCAGGUGGAGAGUAAGUACCUGGUGCUCCUGCAAGAGGUAAAGACUCCGGUGUGCUCCUCAUCCGAGCAAAGCCCAAGCGUAGAUCUCAUAUCUAGGCUGCUGGAGGAUGCUCUGCAGGUGGAGAGUUCUGACCAGCAGGAGCACACGAUUCUCAAGCCCCAUCCUGUCAGUGAGUAUGAUGUGUAUGGCUUCAAAACUGUCCCGGAGGAGGAGGAUGAGGAAGAGAAGCUGGUAGCCAAAGCUAGAGCUCUAGAGCUCAGGUGUUUCUCUCUGACAGACCAAGAAGUGUCUAUUGGGGUGAAGUGGGAAAACUACCUGGCUAGUGUCAUGAAUAGGGAAAUGGUGCGCUCUCCAGAGCUGAAAGCCUUAAUCCGCAGUGGUGUGCCUCAUGUGCAUCGCUCCAAAGUCUGGAGCUGGUGUGUUAAUUUCCACGUGAAGAAGAUCCGUGAGUGCCAGAAGCCAGACUACUAUGAGAGUCUGUUGUGCACAGCGAGGGAAAAACCUAACCCAGCUUCUAAACAGAUUGAACUGGACCUGCUGCGUACACUGCCCAAUAACAAGCACUACGCCUCACCUUCAGCUGAUGGCAUCCAGAAACUCAGAAAUGUGCUGCUGGCUUUCUCCUGGAGGAACCCUGACAUCGGCUACUGUCAGGGACUUAACAGGCUAGCAGCCAUAGCUCUUCUCUAUCUGGAGCAAGAGGAGGCUUUCUGGUGUUUAAUCACCAUUGUGGAAGUUUUCAUGCCACGAGACUAUUACACCAAGACGCUACUCGGCUCACAGGUGGACCAGCGUGUGUUUAAGGACCUGAUGAGUGAGAAGCUGCCGAGACUUCAUGCACAUUUUGAGCAGUAUAAAGUGGACUUCUCCCUAAUCACCUUUAACUGGUUCCUGGUGGUGUUUGUGGACAGUGUGGUUGGUGACAUCCUCUUCAAAAUAUGGGAUGCUUUUUUUUACGAAGGACCCAAGAUCAUUUUUCGCUUCGCCCUCGCUCUCUUCAAGUGCAAAGAGGAAGAGUUUUUGAAGCUGCAGGACCCCAUGGCCAUUUUUAAGUAUCUUCGAUACUUCACACGAACAAUUCUAGAUGCAAGAAAGCUGAUGAACAUGGCUUUUGUUGACAUGAACCCAUUCCCAUUAAGGCAAAUCCAAAACCGUCGCACUUUUCAUCUGGAGAAGGUUCGACUGGAGCUCACGGAGCUGGAAGCCAUUCGCCAGACAUUCUUACGUGAGAGAGAGACCUCCCAAAACGGACGCACGCUUAUCAGUGAUGAUGAGGAGGACAACUAAAUCAAUGUCCCAGACAUCAUAUAUUUUUUUCCCUCUCUCUGUCUUUCCGGUUGCACAAAACAUUUUGUUUCUAGAGAUGCAGUGUUUGGGGCAAAUAUUUAUGGUAAAGCAAUCUGGAUUGUGGACUUUCUUGCAUUGUCGUCCACAUGUGGUCAACACAUUAUGUUUAACAGUAUCUUUCCAUCCUGUUCCUUUUCAAACGCUGUCAGCGAUGGUUGAUCUUUUGAUAUUGUUUUCUUACAGAUAACAGUCUAUAGAUUAUUAAGUGAGAGUGUUUUUUACUUUAGAUAACUUUGAGCUUUCACAUGUCAUGCUGAACAUUCUGGGCAGAUGCACCAGUGUUUUACAGUCAAAUUUACAUGUUUCACAAUUGCAUUUAUUGAUUGUGUUAACUGUCAGUUGUUUACUUCUUAUAUAAUGCUCAUAAUAGCAUUGUUGAUAAUCAUGUCCUUUCAUUCAUUCAUCUCCAGUACUUUUUAUUUACGUCUGUAGAUUCAGAUCCUAUCAUGGGAACAUGGGGCAUGAGACAGGAAUAUACCCUAGAUAGGCUGUACAGCACAGACAAAUAUAUAAGUUAAAAGUAGCCAGAUAAAUGCUUUUGUGAGAUUUAUACCCCAGAGAAAACUAACAGGAACAUGGGGAGACUAUUCGAACACACACAUACAUUAACUUGAGCUCAUGAUUGAACCUCAGACCCCAGAUCUGUAAGGUGCCACCAUGCCACCCAUUAAUCCUAUUAUGCUUGUGAAAUUCAAUAUUUCAGGUUUUGAUUGUCAUGAAAUUUUCUUGGUACUUCUAUUGCUGUUUUCAUUUCCUUAUGAAGCACUUAAAUCACUUUAAAUUAUGGAUACUCAACUACUUCCCUCAACAGGGAAGCUGAACCUGAGAAGUAGCGAAUUUUCUCGUGGGUGUGCAUGAAGUAUCUGCAAAAGCACAGUGAAAAUUCCUGUCUACAGUCAUGUGAUGACACUUAGCUGCUGGAAAACAAUCCUUGGACAAUGCAUAUCAUUUCGUCUGUCAGAGCCAAGCUGCUUAUUUUCUGCUUGAGUGACAUGUAUUUGUUAGCAAUCAGCUGGGUUUGGACCAGUUUGAAUUUUUAGGCUUCAGCCAUAUAUCCCAUGCUGCUUGUGUUCUGUAUUAUUUUAAUGCAUAGUGGAGCUUCAGUACAAGACUCAUUUUAGAUAAUUGGCAGUUGUGGCCUUAAAUUUUAAUACAGCAUUGUGAAUGAAAGUCAGAACUGAAAAUAAGUUCGGAACAUGACCAAGAAGCUUGCAUUUUGGUACUGAUUGAGUGGUAUGAGGUUUACCACCUUCUUCCAUAUGGAACAGUAUUUAGUCAUUUUUUAAAUAAUGAUGAUCUUUUAUUAUGUGCAACAUUUGAUACACAUUCCAUUCCUCAUGCACCUUGUCUGUUUUUAGGGAUUAAUUCCAUUUAAAAAUCAAGGUACAUGUUAAGUGCCUGAUUUUCACUGAUAGACAGUGAAAGUGUAUUACUGCCCCUUUAUAAUGCUGGCUUUAUUUUUGAUGUUAUUGGCUUGUUUGUUUGUUUUUUUAUAAAGAAAUUUGAUUUGAUUUGCAUUUGUGACAUGUAUACUUGAUAGGCGUCAGUGUUUUUCCACAGGUUAUAUUACAGGUUGCCCCCUCCACAAAUGUUUUAUCUUUAAUAUCAUGAAACUGAUCAGUACUUAAUCCUGUGUAUUUGAUUUGCUACAGCUCAGAAAAAUUAAUUCCAAGCUGGGAAUGUUUUCACUGAGAGCUGGUCUCUUAGAAUGCCAUUUAUGUUUUUGGCAUUUUUGUUGGAUUUUGAGCAGACCUAAAAAAUUUCCAUAGUGUACUUCAGGGAUAAAAUGACUUUUUAUAUCUACAUUCCCUACAUUAUAAGGAUUCCACUUUACAUGAAGUACAUUUUCACUGCACUACCCAUAUUUUCCAAAAAUGGUAACAUUCCUAGUUUUUCUUUACCAUUUAUGUAUUUUCUAUACGGAAUUUCAUCAUGUAGACCUUGUUUUUUAAGCAGAUAUAUUUUUACAUUAUCUAGUAUAGAUUUCACUGUUUUCAAUGAAUAAGCUAGUAUUUUCACUUCCAUUGUUAUGGCUCAGUAAUGCAUUGCACCUCUAUGUUUGCAUAAAUGCAUAUCUUCUUCUAUACAUGAAACCUUUUAGAAAUCAUGUAAUGCAUUUAAAUGAAUCAAGUAUUUCAUAGUGUAAUCAUUGUUUUUCUUGUCAAGUGCCCUGAUCAAUAAAUUUCAUUACCAUAAAGUGCA